AUGGACACCCUAAGUUACAACCACCGAGCUAUAUACUUCCUUACAUGCUCUUCAUCUUCUUCUUCACAUGAUUCCCUAGCUAGCUACCAUCACUCUCACUCUUCUUCCAAAAAAAGAGCCAAAGUUAUUAUGGACUCGUGGCUUCUCCUCCUAACUUGCCUCGGCUUCCUCUCCCUCUCCCGCCACCUCAUCAUCCCUCUCCUCACUUACCUCUCCACCACCACCGCCGCCGCCAAGCCAGAGGACCUGAAGACCAGGUACGGCCCGUGGGCCCUCGUCACGGGCUCGACCGACGGCAUCGGCCUGGCCUUCGCCGUCCAGCUGGCCCGACACGGCGGCCUCAACCUCGUCCUGGUCGGGAGGAGCCCCGCCAAGUUGGAUCGGGCUUCGGCCCAGAUUUCGUCCGAGGUUGGCAAUCACGUGGAGAUCAGGACACUGGAGGUGGAUUUCGCGACCACGUCAGACGUGGAGAGAGUGGUGAGGGAUGGCAUCGGUGGGCUGGAGAUCGGCGUGUUGGUGAACAACGUCGGGAUGACGUACCCUGGAGCCAGGUACUUCCACGAGGUGGAGGAAGAGGUGUGGACGGAGAUGGUGAGAGUGAACUUGGUGGGGACGACGAUGGUGACGAGGGCGGUGUUAUUGGGCGGGAUGCUCGAGAGAGGGAAGGGAGCUAUCGUCAGUUUAGGCUCCGGCGCCGCUGCUGUUCUGCCUUCUCAUCCGCUCUUCGCCGUUUAUGCCGCCACUAAAGCGCUACGUGGAUCAGCUGUCCAGAUCCUUGCAUGUGGAAUACAAGCAGAUGGGAAUCGACGUCCAGUGUCAGGUGCCGCUGUACGUAGCCACCGAAAUGACGCGCAAAGUGGCCAUGAUCGAGAAACCAUCGCUCUUCAUACCGUCGCCAGAGGCGUACGCAGAGGCAGCAGUUCGUAGGAUCGGCGGCGAGGCUCGCUGCACGCCGUAUUGGGCUCACUCCGUCCAGUGGUACUUGGCUCGUCUCGUGCCGGAAUUCCUCCUCGAUUCCUGGCGCCUCUCCAUUGGAAUCAGCAGAAGGGAACUAGAUAUCGUUACUCACAGACUUGAUGUCAAAUGAAUGUAUAGAUCGUCUGUUAGUAAACGGUAUAUGAUACACGAUUGAACUUCUCUUAACAGUUCGAGUGAUGGGAACAUAACCCACGUUCCAAGGGUUUGUUUCCUACUAGGCGCAGAAAGAAGCUUUUAGGGUUUUGUUUGGGG